CCAGUGUUUCUGGGUGUGUGUGGACUCUUGUUUUGAAACGAGUCACACGGAAGUGGAUCCUCUGCUGGCAGUAGAGCUCUCGGGACGUCGUGUUGUUUGUUUGACGGCAACAGGACAAAGAUGGCAUCAAGCAAUACAAGCAGCGAGGAAGAGCAGAGCCUCAGAGAGUGUGAGCAGUAUGUGCAGAAGCACAACAUUCAGCAGCUGCUCAAAGACUGCAUCAUCCAGCUAUGCACCGCGCGGCCCGAGCGGCCCAUGGCCUUCCUCAGAGACUACUUUGAAAGACUUGAGAAGCAGGAGGAGGCCAAGCAGAUGGCUUCACAGCAGAAGUCUAGCUCAUGGUCAGACUCCCGUGAGGAUGAGGUUUCUCCACCCAUGAACCCUGUGGUGAGGCGUCGGAGCCGGAGAGGAGCCAUCAGUGCUGAGGUGUACACUGAGGAAGACGCAGCCUCCUAUGUUAGAAAGGUCAUCCCAAAAGACUACAAGAGCAUGGCUUCCCUGUCCAAGGCCAUGGAGAGGAAUGUGCUAUUUGCUCACUUGGACGACAACGAGAGAAGUGACAUUUUUGACGCAAUGUUUUCUGUCAACUACAUUGCUGGAGAAACGGUCAUCCUACAAGGUGAUGAGGGAGACAACUUCUACGUUGUUGACCAGGGAGAGAUGGACGUAUAUGUGAACAGUGAGUUGGUGACCAGUAUUAGUGAGGGAGGUAGUUUUGGGGAGCUGGCUCUGAUCUAUGGGACCCCCAGAGCAGCCACAGUACGAGCCAAGUCCAAUGUCAAGCUGUGGGCCAUCGACAGAGACAGCUACAGGAGAAUACUGAUGGGGAGCACUUUGAGAAAGCGCAAGAUGUACGAGGAGUUCCUCAGCAAGGUGUCGAUCUUAGAGUCUCUGGAUAAGUGGGAGCGUCUGACAGUGGCUGAUGCCUUGGAGAAGGUGCAGUUUGUCGACGGACAGAAAAUAGUGGUGCAGGGAGAACCUGGUGAUGAGUUCUUCAUCAUCCUAGAGGGGACAGCAGCGGUACUGCAGAGACGGUCAGUGGAUGAGGAGUUUGUGGAGGUUGGCAGACUGGGUCCGUCAGAUUACUUUGGUGAGAUCGCCCUGCUGAUGAACCGACCCCGUGCGGCCACUGUUGUUGCGUGUGGACCACUCAAGUGUGUGAAACUGGACCGGCCGAGGUUCGAGCGAGUCCUGGGUCCCUGCUCUGACAUCCUGAAGAGAAGCAUCGAGCAGUACAACAGCUUUGUUUCCCUCUCGGUCUGAUCUCGUCUGAUGCAGGGUCCAUCAGCACACAUCUGCUUCUCUCUUAUAUGUAACCACACCCUCAUGAUCACUUCCUAUUUAUUGUAUGUUUUGCCUUUGUAUUCAGAAGAUAGACUGUUUGCUGAAGCUGUAAUCCCAAUACCAAAUAUAUUUGUGCGCAUACACUUAAAACAUAAAGCCGAAAUGGAAUAAUGGUUUAUGACUGACUGCGUUCACACUGCGCGCUCAGAGUUCAGUCACAAUUUGACAAAAGGUAACUGAGCCGAUCACAGCUGGUCAUUUAAAAAUGCUGUUAGGUCAGUGUAUUUACAGAACACAUUUUAAAACAGGCUGAUGAAGUGAAAAUCAUUUAAGUUACAAUGAGAAUAUUCAUAUAAAAAUCCACAAAUAAUCCAAACAAAGUAUGAACUGUUGUAUGUUACGAUUGGCUUUGCAGCAUUGAGUCAAACACGUGACAGUGUGAGUGCAGUCAGUCAGCUUGCCGUGCACAUCUUCAGACUUCACUGCAGUCCCUGCAUGUUUCAGACAAACAUGCAGGGACUGAUGGCUUCAUGCUGACUGACGAGGCUUCAUGUGUUUUAAGCUUUACUUGUGCUGCUGCUCUUCUCCGUUUGUCCAGAUACUUUAAGUCACGUUAGCAGAAGGGUUCCGGGGGGGACAGUGUUGGGUCAGUUAGACAACCGCACUGGUCCAGACUGGAAUAUGUCAGAUACACUCUCUGUAACAUUCGAUAUCUGUGUGCCCCAGCGAUGAACUGUAGCAACUGCGGUCAUCUUCUGACUUUUCAUCUAGCGCCAUCAUCAGGUCAAAAUGUUGAUGACCAGAUACCAGCAGAUUCAAAGAUAUUCCCAUCAGCUUCAGUGGGGACUUAUCUUUAAAUGUUUGCAUGCUAACAUGCUAAAGUAAGAUGGUGAACAUGCUAAACAUGACACCACUCUCAACAUGUUAGUAUGUUGUCAUUAGCCUCACUAGCAUGGCUGCAGACACUUCAGGCCGGGCUUGUAGUUUUUAGUUUUUUAUAUCUAUUUUUAUAUGUUGUUGAUUUACCUUAUAGAGACACUCUUCUGAGUUGCCUUGACACUGGCAUUCUCACUUUCCUGCAUCUAGUCUCAGAGUUUGACAAAGCACCAGCGGUACACCCACAGUAUGGAGGGUUUUUACCAUUUUCUUAAUGAAAGAAAUGCACAAUUAUAUUCAGAUUAAGCUUAACCACUUAGGUCAUUUAUCAUUCUGUCUCAUGGUUUUCAUUACUCAUUGCUCACAGAAAAUGUAAUGUGUGUCACAUACUUGUUCUUAUAUUUCACUGAGCAAUUCUACAUCAUUGUUUAAUGAAUAAUUGGGUGAAUAAGAGUUAGGACAUUUUUAAGUACAUGUAGACUUUGUUAUUUUUCUGCUCUUCAAUUGCAAUCCUCCCAUGUAAAAUGCUCCAUAUUUACUUAACAGUUUCUGCUCAACAAUUCUGCAAAUAUCCCUUUAACUCCACUGACCUGAUCAGGUUCUAUUUAGGCCUCUGCUACACAUCUAUGAGAGUAAAUAACUAUAUUUUUGCACAUUUUGUGAUACACAAAACUAUAUUAUGGGAGAGAAAAUGUUUAUAUGCUGGUAAGUUCAGUGUUUGUGUGCAUCGUAUCCCAUCAUUUAAAGGGAAUGUAGGUCAAAUACUUACAGACAACAACAUCCACAACAAUACUCACAACAAAAGGUUGGUCUCUUUUGACUGACAGUUAGACGAGAGCUGUGGGUGAUACAUGUAUCUGUCAGUGUCAACCAUUGUUCUGCACUGAUACACGGAAAACACUUCAUCACAGAUAAGUGCCAAAUAUAUCGUUGAGUCCAAAAAAUUAGACCUAAGCCUAAGAGACCAUGUUGUGGAGGUUUUGAUUUAACUUUAUCAGCAACUAAAAGUGGGUUCAAAAGACGUUAAUUGGCUUUGUGAUAAUCUGCAUAUACACUCACAUUUUAGGCUGUUAAAUGAAACCGUAUUAUAGAUUAUAAAAAGAAUUAUUAUUUAAAAUUCUGAACACUGACAGUUACAGAUACAGCCAUACAGGAAGUUUGGCUAAACACAGAAUAAGUGAAGCAGAGGUUGGAUGUCUAGUUUGGGACAGACUCUGCACAGUGGACACAUUCCAGAUGAUAUUAGCACAAAGUGAGCCACACCAGUAAACUUGCCUUAUGCUCUUCACUGAUCCUUGUCACUCUGUUUUGUUCUGUUACAUCUUCUUAUCCAGUGUUUUCUUACAUUCCUUCAGAGGUCAUUACUGCAGCCAGUGCAGAUUGUGGUUAGUUUUUGCUUUGACACUUAUUUAGUAUGAUGUGUUUUUGUGAUAAACGUGCACCCAGACACUGAGUGUUGAGCCUCUCCAAUCUGUUCUUAUUCACUAACGUGGCACUUGUUGGCCUUGGGUACAGUAUGGUGUCAUCUUGACUUAGGUACUGUAUUAUUUAUUUUGAUCAUUGUCACUGAGUGUUGUCUUCACACAUAGGUAACACUGCGCUGUGCUCAGUGAAACACGUGCAGCAGUCUGCCGUAAGUCUCAGAGGACCAGUGUUUUUUCCCCCACAGUUUUAUGUCUUCCUCAGAGUGAUUGGAGUGACGGCUCUUUAAUGCCCCUGUGUUUCUCUGUAGGUCUUCCUCACAGCAGGUCAAGCAAUAAAGAUAUCAGUGUUUUCAUUGUG